GUCGCCGAAACUAAACGACGUCACGCGUGCGCUACCGCCAUCUAUCGGCCGGCCGCCAUCGUCGCACACCUGCCUUCGCGCGACACGACCACCGACAUUCGCCAUCGCGCUCGCACCAGUGGCACGUAUAAAUAACCUAAAACGUCUGAUCGUGAAACAACCAAUCGUCCAAAAUAUUAUUCUCACGAUUAUAUCCACAGUGACAUUAACAGUAAAUGACAGUGUAGACGUGAUAUAAUACGAAGUUUUGGAUUAAACCCGCAGUGAUUUUGCCUUGUGAUUUUAUCAAUAGAAAGUUUGUAAGGACAAAUGAUAGUUUUGGUGGGCUGUCGACGGGCAGCCCCCAAAUAUUGUGCCAGUAUGUGGUGGUUUAUAUUUUUAUGUGUGAUCUACACUAAAACUAUAACUGUGUUCGGUUCCAAUAUCACAGGAGCAGUAUCUGGAAAUGUUUGUUCGCUGAAGCAGUUCCAGUGCGCCAACAAGAAAUGUAUACCGAUAACAUGGGUGUGUGAAGGGGAAAACGACUGCGGUGACAACUCCGAUGAAGAUAUAGAGGAAUGUAAAGAGACACGAACCUGCACGUCUUCCGAAUUUCGAUGCAAAACUGGUCGAUGUGUGCCGCUGUCUUGGCGUUGUGAUAAUGAAAAGGAUUGCUCCGACGGUUCCGACGAGGAACCCGGGACUUGUACCUCAAAACGAACAUGUUCCGAACAUAAUUUCUUAUGUGGCAACGGCUUCUGCAUACCCGGAGCCUGGUUUUGCGAUAAUACUGCAGAUUGUCCAGACGGAUCUGAUGAACACAACUGUGAAGUGGAGGCGUGCGGUCCUGAAGAGUUCACGUGCAGGGGAAAACGAGGGGAAUGCGUGCCUCUCACGUGGAUGUGCGACGACAAUGUCGAUUGCUCCGAUGGGUCCGAUGAAAAAGCAUGCAAUGAGACGUGCCGAUCAGAUGAAUUUACUUGUGGAAAUGGCAAAUGCAUUCAGCACCGGUGGGUCUGUGAUGGUGAUGAUGACUGUGGUGAUGGAACCGAUGAAGUGAAAUGCCCAGCACCAACUUGCCAACCGCAUAGUCACUUCUCGUGCGCCGACGGACACUGUGUGACCGCUAGAUGGAGGUGUGAUGGAGACAUAGACUGUCCUGACGGAAGUGAUGAAAUGGGUUGCGCUUCAACACCAAAAAUUACGUCACCGUGCAUAGCUACAGAGUUCGAAUGUCGUGAUCGAAUGACCUGCGUUCAUAGAGCCUGGGUUUGUGAUGGAGAUCGCGACUGUCCGGACGGCGGUGACGAAGCCCCUGAAAUUUGCCGAGGAAACGUUACCUGCAGACUCGAUCAGUUCCAAUGCAAGGACAACAGCUGUAUUCCUGGCGCACUCUAUUGCAAUGGCGAUAAAGAUUGUCCCGACGGCAGUGAUGAGCUCAAUUGCACGCGUCCUAAGCCAAUUUGUGACAAGCGGACCGAAUUCGACUGCGGUGGUGGAAUGUGCAUACCGCUGUCGAAAGUUUGCGACAAACACACAGAUUGUCCGAACUUUGAGGACGAACCUGCUGACCGAUGCGGAGAAAACGAAUGCGCCAAGAAUAAUGGCGGAUGCACUCAACGGUGCGUCGAUACUCCCGUUGGAUACUACUGUGAUUGCGAGAAAGGAUACAAACUUACCGACAACAGAACCUGUGAAGAUGUGGACGAAUGCUUAGAUCCUGGAGCAUGCUCGCAAAUAUGCAUAAACGAAAAAGGUACAUUCAAAUGUGAAUGUCAUGCUGGCUAUGCAAGGGACCCUCGUGAUAGAACUCGCUGCAAGGCGACCGAAGGCCACCCGUCUCUUCUGUUCGCAAGACGUUUCGACAUCAGAAAGAUUAGUCUUGAUCACCACGAAAUGGUAGCCAUCGUGAAUGACACGAAGUCGGCUACAGCACUUGACUACGUUUUCAGAACAGGCAUGAUAUUCUGGAGUGAUGUCACCGAUGAAAAGAUAUAUAAGGCACCCAUAGAUGAAGGGAGUCAGCGGACAGUCGUCAUCGGAGAUCAGCUGAUCACUUCGGAUGGACUCGCGGUAGACUGGAUCUACAACCAUCUGUACUGGACAGACACAGGCAAAAACCACAUAGAGCUAUCCGACCUGCAAGGCAAUAUGAGGAAGGUUCUCAUUAUAGACAAGCUUGAAGAGCCAAGAGCGAUAGCCCUUAAUCCUCUUGACGGAUGGAUGUACUGGACCGACUGGGGCCAGGUACCGAAAAUCGAGCGCGCUGGUAUGGACGGCUCCCACAGACAAACCAUAGUUGCGUAUGACGUGAAGUGGCCCAAUGGCCUCACUUUAGAUCUUGUACGCAAACGCGUUUAUUGGGUUGAUGCCAAAUUGAACACGAUUUCUUCUUGUAACUUCGAUGGAUCGGCGCGACGUGUGAUCCUGUACUCCACGGAUGUUCUUCGGCAUCCCUUCUCGAUCACCACUUUUGAAGAUUGGGUAUAUUGGACCGACUGGGACAAGACGGCGGUGUACCGCGCCAACAAAUUCAACGGAAAAGAUGUCGAAGCCAUCACAUCCACUCAUACGCUACAAAAUCCAAUGGUGAUUCACGUGUACCACCCGUACCGUCAACCCGAUGGUGUCAACCACUGCGCUGCUGUCAACGGUCACUGUUCUCACCUGUGCCUGCCCGCGCCUCGGAUAGGCGCCAAUUCCCCGAAAGUGUCCUGCGCCUGUCCCAACGGUCUACGACUCCUACCUGACAACCAGAUGUGCGUCGAAGACAAUACAAUAAAUCCAGAGCCGGAGGUGCAUAAAUCUGCUAAUGAUUCAAAGAAAUCUGUAGUAAUUGAGGAUAAACAUAUACCCAGUGUUCCCGAAACACCCAAAGCUGGUACAGGAAUCUCAAGCAGUGGACGCGACGCAAGCGUUGUUGCUGGAGUCGUUGUUGCAGUAAUAUCGGGAAUUAUUAUACUCGCUGCUUUGAUCGCGGUUGUAAUGUACCGUCAUUACGUGCACCGCAAUGUAACAUCAAUGAACUUCGACAACCCCGUGUAUCGCAAAACAACAGAGAACCAGUUCUCCCUGGAGCAGAAUGGGUACGCACCUGGCAGCAAAUUAUACCCAAGUACCGUCGGCGAAGAGGCCCAGGAACCUCUCAACACGCCUGGUACAAAUGAGUUUGUAUAGUGCAAGAUCAGGAAGCAAAUAUAUUUGUAUGUUUUUAAAUGUGAAAAGAAAAAUAAGGACAUGUGAUACUCUGAAAAAUAGUGUAAAACCAGUGAAUAGGGACAUGGCUAACAAUAUCUAGUGAACGUGAAGUUAGCUUUAGUGCAGUGGAAAUUGUGGAGCGUAGGGACUAAGUUCCCACUGGUAACGAGUUUAUCAUUGAUAUGGAUCUCAAAAUUACAAGUUAAUCGGUCAAUAUUACUCUAAAUUGUCAUCCAUUUUUGUAACAUCUGAAAGUCUUGCUUUCAUAUUACUUGUAUCACAUAAUAUUUUAGAUAUUAGAAUGUCUCAGCUAUACAUUUUUCUUUAGCCCGUUUAUAUUUUUAGUAUUGCUAUAGCCAAUGGGAUUACAUGUUAAUCUGUGAUGGACAUAUCACAAGCUCUUGAUAAUAUAACCAGAUAAAUAUUUCAUUUCUUACACUUAUCAAUGAUUCCUCACUAAAUAAUACUUUCCUAUGUUAUAUAAACUACGUCAAUUUAAUGUGUAAUUUUAUUGGGUAUCCCUGAACAAAUGCUCGAUGCAAUUAAAUUAUUUGUAAAAAAAAAAAUAUAUGUUCCAUUUUUAAAUAAUAAUUUUAACGCUUUCUUAAUAAUAAUAAAUUUCACGUUUAAUCGAAUUAAAGUUCAUAUCUUUAAGUCGAAUAUACUUCUUUAGAAAAUUUACAUGACUUUCGAAAGGCAAGAUAUACAGAUAGAGGAGAAAGUUACUUAUUUAAUGUUUUUUAAUCUGUUUUAUCUAGAUAAUAGAAUUAUUAAUUUAUUGGAAUUAUGAAUGUUUUAUGAUACGUCUAAUGUAUAUUGCAUUAGCUGGUACUAGGCUACUAAAUCACUGUUUUAUGUGCCAAUACAUAGAUAAAUUAUCGCCAAAUGUACUAAUUACACUCGAUUGAUAUCUCAUUAUAAUAUAAUGCAAAUUUAAGUUUGUUGAUAUUUAUAUUGUUAUAAAUAAAAGCAGCUGUUUCAAUAUUACUUUAUAUAUUUUAUAUAAAGGUUGUGUUAUAUGUAUUACUUUAUCGGUAGCAAGUUAGGCCUGAAUUUGAAACGUGAAUUUCAAGCGAAAUCCUGCCAAAUCCUCUAAAUUUACCUUAGUUUUUAAUAAAUAUAUUUGUAAUGUAAUACAAUUACACAAGUUGAUGCACAUUUCAUAUGAUAUGCCUAGCUCAAUAAGUGUCGUCACUAAAAUUAUUGUGUAAAUAUCGUCAAUAAAAUAUUAUGUAAAAUGUGUUAA